GGACUAGAAGGUACGCCUUGCUAGAUGACAGAUAAUGAAAAUGUAUUAACGACCCGCUCAGCUGAAAACCCAUCGGUCAACAUGCAUUCUUUGUUCAAUAUAGGGAUCAUUCAAAGAGAUCAGACCAUGAAAGAUAUCCAUUUCUCGAUCAGGAUCGAGACAUUUAGAAUUGUUUCAUUCCAAUUAGCACAAAGAAACCCCUGACAGAAACAACAGGAAUCCCAAACAAUGUCAAAAAAAAAAAAAAAAAAAAAAAAAGUAUAUAACCCCGAAGCCCUUAAUCUACCCACCCAUCAACAUCAACCGAACACAAUCAGCAAAAUGGGAAUCUACUACGACAUCGAGUCCAUCCAACGCGAAGAAGCAAAGACAGAGGUUCAUAGCGUGGUGGAACCCUACAAUACCCCCAAGUGGGUCGCAAGCACGUCAACUCCAACCCAUUUCCCCAUCCCUACCGUAGGCACCCAAGCGCCCGGGUACAUGGUCCACGAGACAAACCACUGCAACGGCCCGUUAUGCUGGACCGGCACUGGGGGCGAAGUGGUCGAGGUCAUGAACAUAUGCCGCCUGGUGUGGGUGGCGCUAACUGACGCGGAUUGUUCGCCGAAUCUGCACUGCGAGGUGACGUAUAGCGACCUUGCUGCGCUGAGGGAUGGGGAUGCUCUAAUGCACGGGGAGAUAGGGGAUCGGGUGCAGGGGCUCUGGAUUGAUACGAGGGGCGUGUUGUAUAAUGGGAUGGGCACUGUGUGUCAUGUUUCUGACCGCGCGGUGGUGCCGGUUUUGCGGUGUCCUGUUGUAGUGGCUGUUCAGUGCCGAAUUAAAAGGAAUGACCCAAGCCAGAAACCAAGACCAACCUCCGACGUCGAGGCUGCGCCAUUGCAGCUGGAGAUCCGAGACUGAGCUCCCUCGGGCGAAUAGUUACUGAUUUCUUGCCAA